GUUCAUUUAAUUUGUCAGUCACAUCAUUUUUUGAAUGCAUUGGCUUGAAUUGUAACUUGGUGUAGGUGGGGUUAGGUGAAAAUGUCUUCACAAGGCGGCGACCCUGAGGCGGUGGAGAGUCGGCCCCGGAGAUCGAGGGCGGCAGAGAAGUGGUGGAGCAAGGUUGUUGACGUGGCGGAGGCCAAGGAUCAGAUACUCUUUGCUUUGCCGAUGAUACUUCUAAAUAUUGCGUAUUACUUGAUCCCUCUUGUGUCGGUCAUGUUUGCCGGCAACCUAGGCGACCUUGAGCUCGCCGGUUCUAACCUCGCCAAUUCAUGGGCUUCCGUCUCCGGUUUUGCUUUCAUGGUUGGCUUAAGUGGUGCACUUGAAACAUUAUGCGGGCAAGCAUUCGGUGCGAAAAAGUACAGGAUGCUAGGAAUAUACCUUCAGGCUUCUUGCAUCAUUACACUAAUCUUCGCAAUCGUAGUAUCUGUUCUAUGGUGGUAUUCCGACGUUAUUCUGAUAUUACUACAUCAAGAUCAUGAAAUUGCAAAAGCAGCCGGUCUCUAUCUCAAGUAUCUCAUUCCCGGCAUAUUUGCUGUCGGUUUAUUUCAAAACGUAUUAAGGUUUCUACAGACACAAUCUGUUGUUAUGCCACUUGUUGUGUGCUCAUUCGUUCCUCUUGUCCUCCACGUUGGAAUUGCUUAUGCUUUGGUUCACCGGACCCCACUUGCGUAUAGGGGAGCUCCAUUAGCAGCUUCGAUUUCGUUAUGGUUAUCAACUUUUAUGUUACUCAUAUACGUUUUUAAAGCUAAGAAGAUUGAGAAAACUUGGGAAGGGUUCACUUUGGAGUCGUUGAGUUACGUUUAUUCCAAUUUAAAGCUGGCUUUGCUUUCUGCAGCGAUGGUUUGCUUGGAGUGUUGGGCUUUCCAAAUUCUUGUUUUGCUAGCGGGAUUGAUGCCAAACUCCAAAAUCAGUACCUCUCUAAUUGCUAUGUGUGUGAACACAGAAGCCAUCUGCUACCUGGUUGCAUAUGGUCUAAGUGGUACUGUCAGCACGAGGGUAGCGAAUGAGUUAGGAGCUGGAAAUACGGACCGAGCUAAGCGUGCGGUGGCUGUCACUCUUAAACUGACAGUUGUUAUUGCACUAUGUGUUGUUUUAGCAUUGUGUUUUGGACAUAAUAUUUGGGCUAGAGCCUUCAGUCACAGCCCUGUCGUCAUUAACGCUUACGCCUCGAUGGUACCCCUACUUGCGGUGUCCGUAUCAUUCGAUUUCGUUCAAGCAGUCCUAUCAGGGGUGGUGAGAGGAUGUGGUUGGCAGCAUUUGGCUAUUUUUAUUUAUUUAGGUGCUUUCUAUUUCAUUGGCUUGCCUAUUGCUGCUCUUCUUGGUUUCAAGUUCAAUCUACAUGCCAAGGGAUUGUGGAUUGGAUUUAUUUGUGGGCUAUCAGCACAGAUGAUAGGGGUAUUGUUGCUUAUGAAGUUCACAAAAUGGACAAGAGUAGAGGCUGUAGAGUCUAAAGAUUCAUCAACUCAGUCAACUCCGGACGAAUAAGUAUUUCGUUUUUAUUUUCUUUUUUUUUUUAAAUAAAUAAAUUACAUAAACCAUGUUUAAUAUGAGUUUUAUUAGCACUUGAAAACAAAGGGUAAAUGAUGAAAGUAAGAAAUUUGUUUCUUAUUAGAGGAAUGAUUAAUCUUAUUACGUUUAUAUAUAGUUUUCGGACAUGGUGCGAAUGAUAAAGUGAUAUUUAUCCACAUAGAUAACAUUAAAUUAGAAUCAAAUAUAACAAAUUUAUCAAAAAAUGAGAUACAGUUA